AUGAACUGGGUUCUUCUUGUUCCAGAAAAUGAUGAGGCUUUAUACCACAUCAAGCGAAUGAGGGAGGAGUUGGGUUGGAUUACAGACAUACCACGACAUGCUCCAGGUUGUAAAAAUAUCAUGGAGAAAAUAGUCGCCAUUCCUGUCGAAAAAAUAGAUAAACUAACAGCUAUACAAGAAGACAGUGGUGACUUUCUUUAUUGUUUACCGCGAAAUCGUCACGACCCUAGAGCAAAAUACGACCCCUAUGACCUUCAAGUUGUCUCGCCUAACGAAGCCCGAUUACACAAAAUCUACUGGACAAUAAGUGCUUCAUUUAUUACUAUGUGUAUACAAGGUAGUGGAGAUAUGCAGGAUGAAUCAUCGAAUACACCAGCUUUAUGGUGGAUGUGGGAACGACGACAUUUCUAUCAAAUACAUCUCUUAAAUAUCUUCGUUAAAUUCAGAUUACAGAAAACGUUUAAGAAUUGGUGUAAAAAUAUCCGUAAACAGAAGAAUUCGGCAAAUCAGGUUACGUUAUAUAAAACAUUAUUUAUAGCCAAUGAGAUACUACAGGGUUGUUUGGUGCACGUCAAGACGUUAUGUGAAGUAGCAAGAGGAGGUUGUAAGAACGACAAGGGCGAUAUGAGUAUUAUAUCGCUGGUCAAAUUAGAUAAAUCAAAAACUCUAUCGUUACAAACUUUUAAAGAUAUACAGAAACAACAAUGUUCGACAGCGUUAACUCAACUUAAUCAACUACGAGAGAAUGUCAUAGAUAUCGUCUGGCAAUCAUGUGCUGCAGUAGCAGAAAUGGAAGGUGUACAGACCGGAAUUCGACCAACGAGUGAGAAGAGAGUGAGAAUAGAAGAUCCGUUCGUCACGUCAUCGGCCAUCUAUUAUUUACGUAAUUCUAAAUAUAGACUGAGAUUAAAUCUGGGAAAAGAUCCUGUUAUUGACCCCAAGAAAUCAGGAGUAAAUAAAGACAAACCUUUGUAUGCAGAAAUAGCAAAAUGGCGGAAGAUUUUAGCGAGAAUGGCAUCGUUUUUGCAAUCGGUGGAUUAUCUACUGAUGGAUUUAUUGCGAUGUUUGGUCAAAUCUGCUGUAAAACAAUUAUUGGAUCAGUUUGUUGUUUCGUAUCAUGCACAUGACGACGAGGACCAACCUGAUGAAGUGGGAUCUGUAGCGGGAUCUGAUUCAUCAUUAUCAAACAGAAGUUCUUAUUCAUAUAGACCAUAUAAACCCCAAAAUAACAGGUACUUGUAUAUAAACUCAUUCAUAUAG